AUGGAAGCCCCGAGAUUGGUAUUCGGCUUGUCCGCAGCCAUCGUGUUGGUACUCCUCGUGGUCCUCGAGUCCAAUCCGGCGGCCGCGCAGACGCUGGAGUGCGCCAACGUCCCGGCACUGGAGCAUAACUACUACCAGUACGUGCUGUUCCGUAAGCGCCUUCACCAGGAGGUCCUCCAUCACAAGCGGCACCCUCUCCUCCGAAGCGAUGCGCUUGACCAGCUGGCCCUCACCCACUCCGAGUACAUGGCAGGACGGGGAGCUCUCUCCAAUUCGAGUGUGGCCUACCGGCGAUCGACGAUCGUCUCGAACGCCUACAGCUACUUCACCGCGAACGCCACCCUCACCGACCAGCGGUACGCGCCCCUCGGCGUGGUGAGGAUCGACGAGCUCUACGGCACGGGGUCCGACACCCGCCAGCUGUGGUACGACUACUUCGAGAACAACCCGCAGGUGGUGGGUGCCUCCAGCAGGAACUAUCACAACUGGAUCGGGGUGGGCGUUCACUGUGCCGGAUCUGGAGCGAGCACGGUGGCGUGGGCCACUCUGAUCCUCGUGACCGUGUGCCACGCGCCAACGGAGAAUUACCAGUUGCCCGCCUUCGACAACCAGAUGUGCGCCAGCCUCACCACCGAGCAGGAGCAGUGCCUCACCGACACCAACGCCACCGGCGACGCCCUCUUCUUCGCCAACGGGUCGUCCGCCUCGGGUCCCGUGGCCUUCGCCUGUGGCACGCUGUCCAUGGACGGCGCCAGUGCACACCCCGUUACGCCCGCCACCGAGAUCGCUACUGCGGUGAUCACGGCUCCCGUGACAAGCGUCGAAGCCGGAACGCUGUGCAUGACGCUCACGCAUGAUUUUAACGCGGGCGUCAACGACAUCACCUCCAUGAUCUUCCACUUUGGCGCCGCCGGCCAGGAGACUGAGUCCGCGCCGCUGUACAGCGUGCCGGGUCCGUGGGCGUCGCCCCUGGAGCUGUGCUGGUCCUACGGCUCGACGGGCCUGCCCAUGAGCAUGGCCCUCAACGGCCGAGCCUACCUCAACAUCCACUCCCAGGCCAGCGACGCCAGCCCGCCGGGAAGCUACAACGGGUGGAUCCGCGGCCAGAUCCAGGCCCUGCCCGGCUGGUGGAACAUCGACUCCGGCCUCGCCGUCUCCUACAACAACAACAACUGA